UCGCAUCGAUGGCUAGUGUUGUGAAAAAGUGAUUCAAUUUUCAGUGAAUUUCGAUGGCUAAAAGCGUACAAAACACAGGAAAAUACAUCCCAGAAAAAGCGGAAGGGGAUGACACCAAUGAAAUCGGCUAUCGGCAGUCGAAGGAGAACGACAAGAUCGAUCUCAAGUAUGGAUACGAUAGGGUGAAGGACACGCAGGAGCGGACCGGAUAUCUGGUCAACAUGCACUCGACGGAGCUUCUGAAUGCGGAUCGUCGACUGGUGGCCGCUCUGGAUCUGUACUUCCUGCAGAUGGAUGGCACCCGGUACAAGAUGUCGGUGAUCUACGCACCGUAUCUGUUGCUGAUCACCAAAGAGGGUCACGCGCUGGAGGUCGCCAAAUUCCUCUCGAGGAAGUACGAAGGUCAGCUGCAGAAGGUGGAGCACAUUCAGAAGGAGGAUCUGGACCUGCCGAAUCAUCUGAGCGGGUUGAAGCAGAACCUGCUGAAGUUGACCUUUGCCAACAUCAGUCACAUGAACAAGGUGAAGAAGGAUCUGUCGGCGGCGGUCCGCAAGAACAAGGAACGCGACAAGUCCAACACGCUGUACAUGCAGAUGUUGAGCAGUGCGUUGACCGUUUCUUCGGAGGGGGAGGGGCAAUCGGCCUCGGUGCAGAAUACGGACUUCUACGAGAGUAUCAUGGAUAUGCGGGAGCACGACGUUCCGUACCACGUCCGGGUGUCGAUCGAUUUGAAUAUAUUCUGCGGCUUGUGGUACACGAUGAGGGGUAGGGGGGAUGAUGAACCGCCGAUCAUCACUCCGCGGCCGGAUAUUCUGGAUCGUCCGGAACCGGUCGUGUUGGCGUUCGAUAUCGAAACGACCAAACUGCCGCUGAAGUUCCCGGAUGCCCAGACGGAUCAGAUCAUGAUGAUCUCGUACAUGAUCGACGGGCAAGGGUAUUUGAUCACGAAUCGGGAGAUCAUCAGCGCCGAGGUCGAGGACUUUGAGUACACCCCGAAGCCGGAGUUCGAGGGGCAGUUCAUCGUGUUCAACGAGCUGAGCGAGAUGGCGUUGAUUCAGAAGUUUUUCGAUCACAUUUUGGACGUGAAGCCGCACAUUUUCGUCACGUACAACGGAGACUUCUUCGAUUGGCCGUUUGUGGAGGCCAGGGCGGCUGUCUACGAUUUGGACAUGAAGCGGGAGAUCGGGUUUUCGAAGGUCAAUCAGCGAGAUGGUAAUUACCUGUGUCGGCCGGCCAUGCACAUGGAUUGUCUGUGCUGGGUUAAGCGAGAUUCUUAUCUGCCGGUUGGAUCGCAGGGCUUGAAGGCCGUGGCCAAGAGUAAGCUGCGGUACGAUCCGGUCGAACUCGAUCCAGAAGAGAUGUGCAAGAUGGCGGUGGAGCAGCCCCAGGUGCUGUCAAACUAUUCCGUGUCUGAUGCCGUGGCCACGUACUACCUCUACAUGAAAUACGUACAUCCGUUCAUCUUCGCUCUGGCCACGAUCAUUCCGAUGGAACCGGAUGAAAUCCUACGGAAGGGAUCGGGAACGCUGUGCGAAUCGCUUCUCAUGAAAGAGGCCUUCCAUGCACAAAUCGUGUACCCGAACAAGCAAGUCUCCGAGCUGAACAAGCUGACCCCCGAUGGGCACGUCCUGGACAUGGAAACCUACGUCGGAGGUCACGUGGAAGCCCUGGAAUCCGGAGUCUUCCGAGCGGACAUUUCCACCCGCUUCCGCUUGGACCAAGACAUGCUGAUGCAGCUGCACGACAACGUGGACAAGGUUCUGGAGCACGCGAUCGUCACCGAGGAAGGCGUCCCACUCGAUCAAGUCACCAACCUGGAAGAGGUCGCCGAGCAAAUCCGAGCGGCGUUGCAGCAGCUCCACGACGCUCCGACCCGUAUCGAGCAGCCCGUAAUCUACCAUCUGGACGUCGGCGCCAUGUACCCGAACAUCAUCCUUACGAACCGUCUUCAGCCGUCCUCCAUGAUCUCGGAGACGGACUGUGCCGCCUGUGACUUCAACAAGCCCGACGCCAAGUGCAAACGUAACAUGGAGUGGAUGUGGCGAGGCGAGAUGCUCCCCGCCAGCCGCAACGAGUUCCAACGGAUCCAACAACAGCUGGAAACCGAGAAGUUCCCGCCGCUCUUCCCCGGAGGACCCAUGCGGGCCUUCCACGAGCUCUCCAAGGAAGAUCAAGCUAACUACGAGAAGAAACGUCUGGCCGACUACUGCCGAAAGGCGUACAAGAAGACCAAGAUCACCAAACUGGAGACCCGAACCUCCACAAUCUGCCAGAAGGAGAACAGCUUCUACGUAGACACGGUCCGGGCCUUCCGCGAUCGUCGCUACGAGUACAAAGCGUUAACCAAAGUCGCCAAGGCCGCUGUAGCCUCAGCACUGAAAAGCGGCGACGCCGGCGAGAUCAAGGCCGCCAAGGGCCGCGAAGUCCUCUACGAUUCGCUCCAGCUGGCGCACAAGUGUAUUCUCAACUCCUUCUACGGGUACGUGAUGCGGAAGGGCGCCCGCUGGCACAGCAUGUCCAUGGCUGGGAUCGUAUGCCUCACCGGAGCGAACAUCAUCACCAAAGCGCGCGAGAUUAUCGAACGAGUCGGACGUCCCCUGGAACUGGACACAGACGGUAUCUGGUGCAUCCUGCCCGCGUCCUUCCCCCAGGAAUUCACCGUUCUGACCAACCACGCCAAGAAAAAGAAGAUCAACGUUUCCUACCCGAACGCCGUGCUGAACACCAUGGUCAAAGAUCACUUCACCAACGAUCAGUACCACGUGCUGGAGAAGCCGUACGAACCGGGCAGCCCCGCAGUCUACUCGAUCAAGCCGGAGAACUCGAUCUUCUUCGAAGUAGAUGGACCAUACCUGGCGAUGGUCCUGCCGGCGGCCAAGGAAGAAGGCAAGAAGCUGAAGAAGCGUUACGCCGUGUUCAAUUUUGAUGGAUCGCUUGCGGAAUUGAAGGGUUUCGAAGUCAAGCGGCGAGGCGAGCUACAGCUGAUCAAGAUCUUCCAGAGCUCGGUGUUCGAAGCGUUCCUGCAGGGAUCGACGCUGGAGCAGUGCUACGCCUCGGUGGCCAAGAUCGCCGACUACUGGCUGGACGUGCUGUACAGUAAGGGUCACAACAUGCCGGACAGUGAGUUGUUCGAGUUGAUUUCCGAGAAUCGAUCGAUGUCCAGGAAGUUGGAGGACUACGGCGAGCAGAAGUCUACGUCGAUUUCGACGGCGAAGCGACUGGCGGAGUUCUUGGGCGAUCAGAUGGUGAAGGACGCCGGAUUGGCUUGCAAGUUUGUCAUCUCGAAGAAGCCCGAUGGGGCGCCGGUUACGGAGAGGGCGAUCCCGUUGGCGAUCUUCCAGUCGGAGCCCAGCAUUCGUAGGCACUAUCUGCGCAAAUGGUUAAAGGACAGCACCAUGGGCGACGCGGACAUUCGCGACGUCCUGGACUGGCAGUACUACAUCGAGCGAUUGGGAGGAACCAUCCAGAAAAUCAUCACGAUCCCCGCGGCGCUGCAAGGUUUGAAUAAUCCCGUACCGCGAGUUCAACACCCGGAGUGGCUGCACAAGAAGAUGUUGGAGAAGAACGAUACGUUGAAGCAGCGGAGGAUCAGUGAGAUGUUCACGGUGAAGGAGAAGCCGGCGAUGAAGGACAUUGAAGAUCUGGGAAGAUCGCAGCGAUCACCAAGUGUCGGGCCAAAUGUGCCGAUCGCGAAUUCCAAGCGAAGGAGAACGCCAUCAGUGGAGGAGCCUGAAGCUACGCCGGAAGCGAAGACCUGGCGAGAAGCUCUGGGAUCGCCACCACCAAUCGGAGACACCAAGCAAGAACUCCAAGCUUGGCUGGCGUUCCACAAGAAGAAGUGGAAGUGGCAGCUGGCUCAACGAGCCAAGUAUCGUCACACGGGAAACAAACGGGCGCGAACAGAUGAGGCGCCUUCCAGCUCGAUCGUAUCCAAUCGACCGGCGGCCACUUUGGGCGGUUUCCUCCGCAAGACCCAGCGAUCGCUGAUCGAACAAACUUGGAAUGUCCUGCAAAUCGUCCCGUCGGACGAAAUGGGCAACUUCGUGGUCUGGGCCAUGGUUGGCGAAGAGCUGCACAAGAUCAAGUUGGUCAUCCCGAGAAUCUUCUACGUCAAUCAACGAUGGCCGGCGCCUCCGGAGGAGGGAGCACUGUGGAAGAAGGUCCAUCGGGUGCUUCCACGAGCUCGGCCGGUUCACCAACUCUACCAGUACGUGGUUCCGGAACAGAUCUUCCGCGAUAACAGCUUGGGACUGCUGGCCGAUCUGGCUACCCCAGACAUCGAAGGGAUCUACGAGACGCAAGUCUCGCUAGAGUUCCGUGCCGUCAUGGACAUAGGCUGCAUGUGCGCUGUGCAGCGAUCGGAGGCCAGAAUCCUAGCCAACCUCUCCACCAAAGAGAUGGACACGUUCAACAUCCAGCAGCUGGAGAUGAAGAGUCACGACUCCGCUUCCUACAUGAAAGACAACGCCAACACCAAGAAGAUCUUCCUCUACCAGCACAGCAUCCUUUCCGGAAAGCGCGAGAUGUGGGGUCUCUUCAUGGGUCCCAGCAAGAAAGUCAUAAUCCUCACCUACGACAGCGUUCGAUCCGAUCAGCUCCCAACGCUGAAGAACCUCUACCUGGCCGAGCGAACGGCCAUGCUAUCCACCGGAAAAUCCUCCAAUGAUAACCUCCCACCAGAGGACCUAACCUUCUCCAUCUACAACGAAAUUGACAUCAAUCAGGUCUACAAACGACUCGGAUCGACCCUGGCCAGCUACAAAGCCGAAAAACGCGGUCCUACGAUCCUCUGCGCUCAAACCGGCUUCAGCCUCCAGAAGCUCAACCAGCUCAUCCCGGCCUGUCUGGACUUCCCGGAGACUCAGAUUCACAUCAUGGACGACGCCUCGCUGCUGUUCGGCCUCGAGUGGCAACGGAACGGCGUCCGGACCAUGAUCCGUCACUACCUGCGCCUGAACCAGGUGAUCGACAUGAUGCUGGAUCAGUGCCGCUACUUCCAAAUCCCGCUCGGCAACAUGCCCUUCGAUACGGUCCUCUUCGGGGCGGAUCUCUUCUACGCUCGGCACCUGCAGAAGCACAACUUCGUCCUCUGGUGCUCGCCGAACUCCCGGCCGGAUUUAGGUGGUCGCGAAGCGGACGACAGCCGACUGCUGGCGGAAUUCGAGGACAACAUCUCCGUGGUCCAGAAUCGGCAGGGUUUCUACGGGGACGUGUGCGUGGAAUUGACCAUCGAUAGCUUGGCCGUUUCGGCCCUGCUGCAGGCCAGUAGGGUUCAAGAAAUGGAAGGUGCCGCCUCGGCGAUCACGUUCGACGUGAUCCCACAAGCCUCGCUCGAUGACAUGAUCGCCAACCAGGGUCAAACGCUUCCAAGCUACGACGAGACGGCCCUCUGCUCGCAGGCGUUCCGCGUGAUGCGAUCGAUGGUGAACGGGUGGCUACGCGAUGUCUCGCUCAACAAGAACGCCUUCGCGGACUUCCAGAUUAUCCACUUCUACCGGUGGGUGCGAUCGUCACGUGCCCUGCUGUACGAUCCCGCCAUCCGACGUGCGCUGAACACUCUGAUGCGGAAGCUGUUCCUCCAGAUGAUAUCCGAGUUCCAGCGGUUGAAGGCCGAGAUCAUCUACGCGGACUUCAACCGGAUCGUGAUCAACACCGGCAAGAAAACCGUUUCGGACGCGAUCGGUUACACCGAUUACGUGGUGCAGAGCAUCCGCAACAAGGAACUGUUCCACAGCAUAUCGAUCUCGUAUCGACGGGCGUGGGAGUUCCUCCUGUGGAUCGACGCGGCCAACUACAGCGGGAUCAGCGCUCCAAAGCGAUUGAACGCGGAUGGGACCCAGUGCACAGCGUCGGCAGAGGAGCCAACCCACCUGGAGGUCAGGUGGAACAUUGCGGAGAACUUGCCGGAGGAGGCGAGGUGCCGGGAGCACUUUGACGGGUUCAUGAUCGCGUUCAUGGAGAAGUUGACGCAGGGAGUGUCGCCGGCCAAGGCGUUGAAGUUGCUGUCCCACAUGGCGUUCGGGAAGGUACAGAAGAUGCACAAGAACUACGGACGCGGGAUGGAGGGGCCGGCCCUGGAGUUCAUCAAAGCCGUCUGCAAGGUGCUGGCGGUGAACAAGGACAUCGAUGAGGAGCUCACCAGCCUCCGGCGGAACAUGCUGCAGCUGGUGGGAAUCGGCGACUUCAGCGACAAAGCCGUCUGGAGGGAACCGCAGAAAUCCUACGUCCUCAGCGAGGUGAUCUGCAAGGCCUGUAACCAGUGCCGGGACGUGGACUUGCGCAAGGAUGGCCACAGGGCCAUGCAGAACGGAGCGCUGGUGUGGAUGUGCGCCCAGUGCAACCUGGACUACGACACGGUGGACAUCGAGAUGCGCCUGCUGGAAGUGGUCGAGCGGAAGAUGAUGUCCUACACGUUGCAGGAUUUGAGGUGUUCGCGGUGUAAGCAGAUCAAGAGGGAGAAUCUGGCGGAGUUUUGUGCCUGUGCGGGAAGUUUCGAGAAUCUGAUAUCGGCCGGGGAGUUGAGAAGGUUGUUGGGGAGCUUCUUGACCGUGGCCGAAGACUGCAAGAUGGCACUGCUGAAGGAGACGGUCGAGCAACUGCUGAACACCCAUUAGGGAGAAAGGUAAUCCUCUACACUAAAGUUUUCACCUUUGAUAAUACAAGUUAGUUUUUUUAAGA